AUGAGUGCUUGUAAUGUUUAUCAUGUUGACUAAAACAUAAUAUUUGUGCUCAAAGAUAAUUAAUCAAAUGAUAAAUAGAAACAAUAAAGUAUGCAAUUUACCAAUUAUAGUCCGCAAAAUCAAUAAGGAAAAGUUAAAAAUAAUCUUGUAAAUUAGCGGAUGCAAAGCAGCUCAUUCAUAUUCUCUUUGUGAGAAAAUAUUUGAAAUGAUAUUCAGUAAAUUGUUGGGUACAAAAACACUCAAUACUUUUAGAAAAUUUUGAUAAACAAAAGAACCAUCAACCAUUAAAUGGAUAAUCUAAUAAACAAUUAAAUUCAGCUACAAUUACUGAAAAACACUUCAAAGAAUUAGUAUUCAACUCUGUAUUCGAAAAAAAAUAUAUAAGAGAAAAAGAAGACCUUUAUAAAGAAGAUUUUUAAAUUGCAUGGAGUUUAACAGAGAAAAAAUAGCCACUCAUAAUACUAUUUGGCGGUACAUCAGGAACUGGUAAAAGUACAGCCAGCAGUAUAUUAGCUUCAAGAUUUGGGAUUUCUACAGUCUUAAGGUAUUAUUAUUAUACUAAAUUUAUAGCACGGAUUCUAUAAGACAUAUAAUGAGAAAUUUCUUAUCAAAAGAAGAAAAUCCUGUUUUAUUUGCAAGUACUUAUGAAGCUGGUAAGACAUUACCUGAUCUAAAUAUAAGUGAAUAAAGGAGGAUAAUAAAAGGAUAUAAGGCAUAAUGUGAAUUAGUUUAAUAGAGAUUAGAACAUGUAAUUAAUACUUUUGAUGAAAAAAUGGAUUCAAUUAUUAUUGAAGGAGUACAUUUAACACCUAUUUUUAUGAUGAAAAUAAUGAAAAAAUAUAAAAGAGUAUUACCAUUUGCAAUUUGUAUUAAAAAAGAAUCAAAACAUAAAGAAAGAUUUGCUGUUAGAUCUAAAUAUAUGACUUUGGAUUCUAGACAUAAUAAAUAUGUUGAGAAUUUUUAAAAUAUUAGAUUGAUUUAAAAAUGGUUUUUAGAAAAGGCUGAUGAAUUUCUUAUUCCAAAAGUAGAUAAUGUUAAUAUUGAUAAAAGUAUAGAUAUUAUACAUAGAACUAUUAUUUAAUAUAUGAAACAUUUAUCAGAUGAUCAAUCUGUUACAGAACUUAAAAAUGCUUUGCCUAUUUAUGAAGAAUUCAAUAAAGUUAUAAGUGAUGCAUGGAGUUCAAAAGAAGUUAAAGAUUAUAUUCAUAGUUAAGUUAAUAAAACAGAAAUCUAUGAAUAAUUUUUAUAAAAGAUGAAUGAAUAAUAAGCAGAUAAUAAUACAACUAUUACUUAAGAAAUAGAAAAAGUCAAUCCAAAAGUUUUGAUUUAAUAAUCAGUAUAGAAAUUCAAUGAAAUCAGUUUUAAAAAUGAAAAUAGAGAUAAUCAAAAUAAUUUGACUAAUACAACUGAAGUUAAUUAUAUAAUUGAUGAUUAAGAUGAAAAAAAGGAGAAUCUAAAUCAUAUAAGUGAUCAAGAAGAUUAAAAUGAAGAGAGAAGAAGAAGAAAUUAAGAUAAUAAUGCUAAUCCAACUCUUAAAAAAACUAAAUCAUUAAAAACAUUAAUAAAAUAAAAUGAAAUUGAAUAACAAAUCUAAGAACCUAUAAAAGAGUAAAAUAGUAAAAAGAAUUUGAAAGUGGCAUUUUAAGAACCUGAAUUUGAGAAAGAAGAAUAAGAGUAAACUGAAUAAAGACCUCAUAGAACAGAUUAUAAAGGCAUUUUGUAUCAUUUAACUAAACAUAAAAGAAUUUUCUUAAGUAAAAAGACAAAACCAUCAAAUUUAGUAUUUAUUAAGAAGAUGAUAUCUAAUUAUAAUAAAAGUUAUUAAAGUCAUGAUAGAAUAAAAUUAAUAUAAAAUAAUGAUGGUAGUUAUUGUUUAUUUAAAAUGAAUGUAUAAAAAUUCAUUAAGAAAUGUGAUUCAAGAGAUGAAUCUUCAAGUGAACCUGAUGAUAAGUAUAUAUUUAUUGUUAAUUAUAUUCUAGUGAAUAAUCAAUUGUUUAAUAAGGAAGAUCACUUAUGACUCUCUCUAACUUUCCAUUUAGUGAAAGAAGAGAUUAAUCAGAUGGAGAUUCUGUAAGAUUCAGAAAUGAUGUAAAUAGUGAUGAAGAGGAAAUAGAAAAUGAAAAUGAAAAUGAUAAUUCUGUUGAAGGUAAUUUAAUUAUAUCUAUUAUUAGCAUCUAGUUCUGAUGAAGAAGAAGGUAAUCUAGAAAAAGUUAAAUUGAAAAUGAAUGAUGAUGAAGAAGAUUAUAUUGAAUUAUAAAAAAUUAUUGAGGAAGAUGAAUAAAUUAAUGAAUUAGAUGAAAUUAUGGAAACUCCAUUAUAAGUUUAAUUACUUGAUUAAUAAGAUUAUUCAGAUUAAUCCCCUUGA